UAGCAACGGUCUUAAGGGGCUGUUGAGCCGCCUGGACCCGCCGGUUUUGAAAUGGAGUCGGAAGUGUUGGAUGCAAGCAACCCCUUUAUAGUAGAAGGCGACCACCUGAUUCUAGACCAAGACCCAUAUGAGACCGACAUCUAUGACGUCCCGGACCCGGGGUUCCUCAAGGAAGAGAGGGAGUCGUCAUUUUCGGAGCGGGCCCCACAGCUUAUUACCAACAACUCGCGGUGGCAGAACAUGGCUCUGAGUGCCCGUGCCCGCCAGCUGUGGCUGCUCCUGCGUACAGGCCUCCAGACCUUUGUGGAAAAGGAAAAGCGAGCUGAGCUGCAUGUGGCGCGCUUGACGCACGGGCUGGAACCCCUGCGGCACCUGGAGGUGGCAGCCGGGCUGUGUUCGGUGGCACAGGACCCCGUGGGCAGACGCUUCGUGGUGCUGGACGGUGCAGGCCGCCUGCACCUGCACAGAGAGGAUGGCUGGGCACAAGAGAAGCUGCUGGCUCCAGUUGCACUUACAGGGCUAGUGGCGGUGCUGGGCCCUCUGGGCACUGUGGGCCGCUUUGUGGGCUGGGGCCCAGUGGGGCUGGCCAUACUAAAGUCCGACCUUAGCCUACUGUGGCUGAGUAAGCCAGGGAAGCACGGGGUGCCAGGCCGUGAGCCCAUCUGCUGCCUGCCGGUGCCAGAUCCUGGGCUGCUGGUGGUGGCGGAGGCAGGCGGAAGCCUGGUGCUCUGGAAGUUCCGUGCAGGGGGCCGCUGCCUGGUUCCCCACGGGUUACCUCUUCAGCUACCGCCAAGCAUCUCGGGUGCGCUUGCCCGUCUGGCUCUGGGGCCUCGGCCUCCCCAUCAUGACCCAUGCUGCUUCGCAGCCUAUGGCUCAGCCGUGCUCACCUUUGAUCUGCAAACCUGGGCUCUCAUAGAUGUGCGUCGGAAUCUGCACAAAACCACCAUCUUCGACCUGGCGUACUGUAAAGAGGUAGAGGCUAUGGUGACAGCUUCCCGGGACAGCACGGUGAAAGUGUGGGAGGCUGACUGGCAGAUCCGGAUGGUGUUCGUGGGACACAGAGGCCCGGUGACCGCGGUGGCCGUGCUCCCGAACACAGCCCUGGUGUUGUCGGCUUCACAGGACGGGACGCUGCGCACGUGGGACCUGCAGGCAGCGGCGCAGGUGGGUGAGGUGGCGCUCACUUGCUGGGGCCGCGGCGUGCCAUCGGAGAGUGUGAGCCGUCUGCUGGCCCCCGCAGGCCCGGGCUGGCCCUUGCUCUCCUUGGGGGCCCGCAGUGUGGGGCUGUGGUGUGCGCGGGAGCUCUACUCGCCGUUGGCGCAGCUGUCUGCGCCGGUGCUCCACCUGCAGUUGGCGCCAGCGCUGCCCAAGCCCACCGCCCCGCACGCGGCGCUGCCCACCCGCCUCGUGUGCGCCUGUGCCGACGGCUCAGUGUACCUGGUGUCGGUCACUGGCGGACACACCGUGAGCGCGCUUCUGCUGGAGCCCGAGGACUGCGCGGCCGCCGUGGCCUACUGCCUGCCUCGUGAGGCGCUGUGGGUGCUGACACGCGCCGGACACCUGCUGUGUGCCAAUGCAGCACGCUCCCCAAUGCGGGUGCUGCACCGCCUGUGCCCACCGCCGCCGCCCACGCCCCAGCCCUGCUGCCUGCACCUCUACAGCCACCUCACGGACCCCACCAGCGCGUUCACUAACUGGGAGAUAGUGUGCCAGUACAAGGGCGAGCUGUGCCGCAGCGAUGUGGCCUGGGCCUGGAAGGACAAGAACCGGUACCUGCCCGUGGUGGGGCACACUGAUGGCACCUUGUCCGUACUCGAGUUGCGCUCCUCCAAGACGGUCUUCCGAACGGAGGCACACAGCCCGGGCCCUGUCACUGCCAUCGCGUCCACCUGGAACAGCAUCGUGUCCUCUGGGGGAGACCUGACUGUGAAGAUGUGGCGCGUCUUCCCCUACGCCGAGGAGAGCCUGAGCCCCCUGCGCACCUUCUGCUGCUGCCACCCGGCAGUGGUGCUCUGCGCCCUUGGCAAGCGCGUCACGGUGGGCUUCGAGGACCUGAACAGCGCCACCUAUGGCCUGGUGCAGUUUGGCCUGGGCAGCAGCCCUCGCUAUGAUCACCGGCCCCAGGAUGACCCCACGGACCGCAUCACCGGCCUGUGCUGCUGUCCCACGCUCAAGCUGUAUGCCUGUUCCAGCCUGGACUGCACCAUCCGCAUCUGGACAGCGGAGAACAAGCUGCUGCGGCUCCUACAUCUGAACGGUGCCCCUCAGGCCCUAACCUUCUGCAGCAACAAUGGGGACCUUGUCCUGGCACUGGGCUCCCGCCUCUGCCUGGUGGACCACAGACUCUACCUGCCCACAUCUUACCUACUUAAGAAGCUGUGCCAAGAGGACCCUGAUGGGGUGAAUGAUCCUCCACUGCCGCUGACCAGCCAGGAGUCACUGACUGCAGCCCAGCUACAGAGGCUUGCCAACCUGCGUGGGGUGGCCAGCCUCAGGUCUGCUGAGAUGCCAUCCGUGUCCCACAUGCCCCUCCCUGUCUGCAGCACAGCCUUGUGUUUCAUCCAUCGCCGGACAACAGCUCCUCAGCAGCCAGUGUUGGAGGAGGACUUGGAAGUCCUGGUUGCCCGGAACCAAGACCUUCAGCAAUUGAGACUGGGGCUGGAGAACCCAGCAGCCCGGCCCCAGCUGACUUGGCAGCAGCGCCAGCAGGCCUUUGAUAACUAUCUACAUCUGAUCUACGGCCCAGGCAUGCUGGUGAGCAUGGGGCCUCCCCGGACCUCGCUGUGCCCUGGGCCUCUGACCUGCCUGUGUGCCCCGUCCACCCCCCAGGGUCUGGAUUCUGAAGCAGAGCCCCAGCAGCAGUGGGGCACGGUGGCCCUCACAGUGGAGAAAGAGACCUGGGACCGAAGUGCCCAGCCCAGAGAUGGCCCUGCUCUCAGGGGCACUGAAGCCCCACCACUGCAGGACGUGGGGACCCUGGGCAGGCGCUUUGCCCGCCUGCCCCGAGUCCCCUUGCCUCUCCCACCCACCUACCGGAGGGUGCACAGCAGAGCAUCCCAGCUACUGGCCCGCUCCUCCCUGAGCUGCGAGCUGGGCCUUGGUCUGGACCUGCAGCUGCAGUGGGACCGGCUCAGCGAGAAGCCUCUGGCCUGGGAUCUACCAUCUCCCGACCUGGGGCAGAGCAGGACCUCCCUGCUGCUGCAGAGGCGGCCCCAAGAGCUUCUCUCCAACCUCAGUGGCUUCUUCCCUGCCACCAUCCAUCCUUACAAGUACUGGCGGUGGCCCAUCCGCUUCCCGGGCUGCGUGCCCAACUCGGUGGUGCUGCAGCAGAUGUGGCCACCUGAGGAGGUCAGCGGCCUCGGAGCCCUCCGUGGGUUCUCAGGCAGCCGCGAGAGCAAGCAGCGUGGGGACCAGGAGGACCUGUGGCUGUUGCGGGGCAUCGGGCGGCGCCACACCAAGAAGCAGCAGAAGCUGAUCCAGUGGCUGAGGGACGAGGAGGACGAGGACGAGGAGGAGCUCGAACUGGACUGGGGCUCGGAGUCCCCGAGUUCCCCGCACAGGCUGCCCUCUGACCCACUGCUGGUGCCCAUGAGGCUGCCGGCACAGAGUGCCAAGGACCCUAUCCUGAGCCUCAAGGGCACCCAUGAGGACACCGCCAGGACUGAGACCUACCUUCACCACCCCCAGUUCCACCACGCACAGUUGCUCUGGGAGCAGCGCUAUGGGCAUCUGCCGAAGUUCCUGCAGUUCUUCGUUGAGCAAAACUGGUUUAAAAAGCUCUUCCCCAUCUUCACCCUGCAGGCCUACCCCAAGAUGGGCACGGUGGAGGGCCUGGCCUCGGCGUUCAUGGACCUGCUAGAGGAGGCCUCCUGGGCCGACCGCGUGCAUGUACUGCGCGCGCUGCUGCGGCUGCUGCCGGACCUCAGCAGGGAGUUCUGUAGCCGGCUGCAGGGCACUCUCCUGCACUUGCUCAACCUGGAGCAGCCCCCCAGCCUGCAGGACCCGGUCCAGAAGCAGUUUGUGAUGCUGGCGCUGCAGCUGCUCCUGGCGUGCUCCCUGGAGUCCCGCGAGGUGGUGCUGGAGCUGAUGUCCUACUUCCUCUACUCGCCAGCCCCCUGCCGGCCGGAGCUCAGGAAACUGCUGGACGGACUCGGCCUUCAGGACCCGCAGGGCUUCCUGUUCAAGGAAAUGAUGACCUGGGUCCAGGGCCCGGACCCCGAGUCCAAGGCCACACUGCGCAGGCGCUGCUGCCAGAAGCUGGAGGAAAUGAUACAGCAGCUGCAGAAGGAGACCUUGCAGCUGUCUGUAGCCAAGUUGUCAGAGGUGCUGCCCAAGGUCUCAGAGACCUCAGGACUUCACCCCCCUUCUAAAGAGGCCCUGUCGCAGAUCUCGAUGCUCUCUGGGGCAGCUGGUCACGUCUCUGUGACAUCCUCCAACAUCUCCCAGACACCCUCUCUGGUGGUCUCACCGGGGGUAUCAGACUUGACCACCCUGGAGCCCCAAGCCCACCAGACACUGGCACAGCUGCACUUUGCGCGGACCCAGCGUGCGCUGUCGGAGACCCUGAUGCGCUUCUGCCUCCAGCCUGAGGUCUUGCGGUCCUCUGCACCUGCCAUACUGCCCCAUGAGAUGCCGCCGCGUGAGAUGCCACCCCAUGAGAUGCUGCCCCUGGCGCAGAUGGUCUGGUCACAGUCCAAAAUGCUGGACCUGGGGCCCAUUGAUGCACUCAACUUCUUUUGUGAGCAGCAGCGCAUUCGGCAGCAGGGGCCCCUGCCCGAGGAGCCCUACAGCCCACCCCCAGGCCCUGCCCCGCCCCCGCAGGUCUGUGGCAUGGUGGUUCCACAGUCCCUGGAUCCCCGGCACGACCGUAUCCUCCGGCUUCAGGAGGCCAGGGUCCAGAGGCCUCCCAUGAGACUGAGGGGCCGAAUGCUGUCCCGGCUCUGGGUGGACCGCUCCCUGGACGGCACCAUCCGCAUACUGAAGCUGCCACUGCCUCGGGUGGAACUGCAGCCUUUCCCCCCAAACUGGCCCAGGUCUGCCCGUCCGCUGCCCCCUCGGCUCCUGCAGCCUGCCCUGCAGCGCUACUUUCUGCCAGAUGACACCGACCCUGACAGCUACCGCUGACCCAGCGAGUGGCCUUGGCCUGGCCCUGCCUCCCCCUUCCCUCUAGCGUGGAGUCAAGACACAGCUCUCCAGCUGGAUGUUUGCCCCAGCUAAGGCUCAGGGCUGGAAUAAAGUCCAGAGGCCACA